CUACAAGCUUUAACCAAUGCUCGGCUGGACACUGAUAGAAGUCACAAGACUGCUGAUGAGAAAAGGUAUUUAGCAGAUUAUAUUUACUAAAAUAAUUGCAUUUCCAUGUUCUGUGUACUAUGGGAGACCAGAUAUACUGAAUGCAGGGUCCUGGGUUUAGUAACACUUUAAGAAAUUGUUGUGCAGCACUUUUAUUUAUUUGCAUAAAGCAUCAGGAGAUAAGAGGUGGACAUUUGAACAAGAUCAGGGGUAGAGAUGACAGGAUUGAAUUUUUACACAAUGCAGAGGAUUAACACUUUAGGUUCCACAGUGAGUAUAACAAGCAUGUUUUACUGCAAA